AAGUGUAUUCAAAAGAUACUGCGGAUGUCAUCGAUGAGCGUUGAAUUGCUCGCUGCUCCAUUGAUGAUGCCUUUCCUCUUACACCCCACGUGCAGUGUAGCGCUUAAACAUGGCGGCGCCCAUUGGAGAAGUUGAAAUCGUCGCCAAAAAGCCGACAGUGAAAGGCCCGAGGAGGGUUGCGAAUCAGAUUCCUGAUGAGAUUCUUAAAGACCCCGAGCUUCAAGAGGCAGUUAGUGUUCUGCCUUCCAACUACAAUUUUGAGAUCCACAAAACAAUAUGGAGGGUGAGGCAGGCGAAAGCCAAAAGAGUGGCGUUGCAGCUACCAGAGGGCCUACAGAUGUUUGCCUGUGUGAUCGCUGACAUUAUUGAGAGGUUUACAGGAGCAGACACGCUGGUGAUGGGUGAUGUGACAUAUGGAGCCUGCUGUGUAGAUGAUUUCACUGCCAAAGCUCUUGGAGCUGACUUCAUGGUGCACUAUGGACACAGCUGCCUGAUUCCCAUAGAUGCCACGGCAGGGAUCAAGAUGCUCUAUGUUUUUGUGGACAUCCAGAUGGAUACGGCUCACUUUCUGGACACACUCCGGUUCAAUUUCCCCACAGGACACUCCCUUGCCCUUGUCAGCACCAUCCAGUUUGUGGCUGCCCUGCAGGCGGUCAGUGCAGAGCUGAGGCCGGAUUACGAGGUUCUUGUGCCUCAGUGUCGGCCACUGUCUCCAGGAGAGAUCCUAGGAUGCACCUCCCCUCGCCUUGACAAGCACGUCAAUGCCAUCAUAUACCUUGGGGAUGGAAGAUUUCACUUGGAAUCAAUCAUGAUCGCCAAUCCAGAUGUCCCAGCUUACAGGUAUGAUCCCUACAGUAAGGUUUUCUCUCGGGAGUAUUAUGACCACGAGGCCAUGCGUGCUAACAGACUUCAGGCGAUAGAGACGGCACGCUCAGCCCAGAGAUGGGGUCUGAUUCUAGGCACGCUUGGUCGCCAAGGCAACCCCAAAAUCUUAGAGCAUUUGGAGGAGAAGCUGAAGGCACUUGGCAGGUCAUUCACCAGGGUUCUUCUUUCAGAGAUCUUCCCGAGCAAGCUGGCAUUGAUGGCAGAUGUUGACACAUGGGUUCAGAUUGCAUGUCCUCGUCUGUCAAUCGAUUGGGGUACUGCAUUCUCCAAGCCCCUGCUGUCUCCCUAUGAGGCAGCUGUAGCUCUGCAGCAGGCAGGAUGGCAGGAGGUGUAUCCAAUGGACUUCUACUCUAAUCAGAGCAUGGGGCCUUGGACCCCUAAUCACCCAGACAACCAACCACAACGGCCACCACGCAAACAGCAGAAGGCAGACUCACGCUGUGAGCGCACUGUCCCCUGUGGCUGCCAGCGCGAAUGAACAGCACACUCACACAGCAGCAUCCAAUCACUGCACCGCCUCAGCGUCUGCAGGAGACAGCCAAUCAGAGGACUGGGUGCGUCUCUGUUGUCAGAGCAGCGUGCAUAUUGGCACACACAAAAAGCAGUACAUUAAAUCCACCCAUCUCGUAAUAUAGCAGGAGAGAGAGGAGCUGGUUCUGUGUGUGUGUAUACGAGAGAGAGAGAGAGAGAGAGAGAGAGAGAGAGAGAGAGAAAGAGAAAGCAGUGACCCUGAGAGCACAUUGUUUGUUUUAUAUUGCAGCAUGUGGGUGGCUUGUUAAAUGCAAUCAUCUUGUCUCUGUCCUAGAAAGAUCCUGCCAGACACUUUACAUUGUUGACCUUCAUGCAUUUGAUUGAAAGCGAAAUUGAGCUGCUCUGAGCAAAACAAUACCCUUUUCCCUUUUAGCUCUGUCAUCAAUGCUUCUGUGAAACAAAUUGCAGAAAAUGUCAAACUUGGGACAUGUUGCAUUAUGUGUUUUACUAAACACUGUAUUUAAUGCACAAAGCCAAAUGAAAUAUCAGAACUGCCAAACAUUUUACUGAGUAAGCAUAGCUGCAGAAUAACACAACACAAUACUGCAACUGUUAUCAGGACAGAUCAGAAUGCAGCAUUUAGUGUCUGCAGUCUAUGUCUAGACUUUUUAUGUACUUACCAUUAAAUCUGACUAUUGAACAUUA